UCCAGGUUCCGACGCGCCCCUUCAAACGGCGGCGGGGCCGAUGCAGCCUGCGGGCUUUCCGCUGCGGUUCCUCUUCCUCCUCUCGCUGGCCAAGGCGGCCAGGGCGAGCGGGGCGGCGGCGGGAGCAGACAAAAACUGUAGCCAUUUGAAGGAAAUGGACGUUAUCCAAAAACCAGAUGCAGAUUGUUACUGUUAUAUGCAAAAUGGAACAAUGAACUUAAAAUAUAUUUGGUCAGCUCUUCAGGUGAAAAUUAACAGCACAGAAAUGUUCAAGUUUGUGCCUAUCUCAGCUGAAAGCAAUUGUCAUAAUUCAGAAACUAUUUUUGCAUUUUUCAAGUGUGUUGUUCAAAUCAUUUGGCGAUCAGAGGCAUCUAAAGAAACUGUCAUAAACAUAAACCAAUAUGGAGAGAAUGUGUGUUUCACAGUCCAACCCUACAAGAAAGUACCCUACACUGUGAGUGUACAACGAAACAUGGUGGAUAGGAAACUCAUCCUUUUGUUCGUAGCUGGUGUUUUUCUGUUCCAUUUUGCAAACGCCUUGAGUAGGAGUGCUAUGUUCUAUUACUCUGCUGGAGUGGCAUUGGGUGUUCUUGCUACGCUAGUCUUUCUCCUGUUGACACUUAAAAGAUUUAUUCCAAAGCACAGCACCUUUGGGAUUUUAAUGAGUGGCUGCUGGAUGUCCUCUCUCUACUUUAUUUACUGUUUGCAAGGGGAAAUGAAGUGGCUGUGGUCUGAAUAUAGAAACUACUUACUGGGGUAUUUUCUGACUAUUGGAUUUAUCAGCUUUGUGGUUUGUUACAAGCAUGGACCACUUACCAAUGAGCGAAGCAUAACCCUCUUGACGUGGACAUUACAAUUAAUAGCCUUUGUCUUGAUUUAUUUUGGUGUCACCAUCCCACAGGUUGCAUAUGCAGUAAUAGCUAUCAUCCUCUGUUCAAAAGGCCUGUGCUAUCCCCUUGGCAUGGUCUCUUUUGUGGGCAGAAAAGUCAAGAAUUUUUUUAAAUCAAAAAAACUGGUGUUUCAGCUUCUUACUGAAGAGGAAUACAGGGAGCAGGGGGAAACAGAGACUGUGAAAGCCUUGGAGGAGCUACGCUCAUUCUGCAGGAGUCCAGAUUUCUCAUCCUGGUUAGCCGUGUCCAAACUGCAGUCUCCUAAAAAAUUUGCAAACUUUAUUUUGGGAUCUCCCCACGUGUCACCUGCAGAAGUGAACGCAUAUGAUGAGCUAUAUGGCAUUGGAGGCUCCUUCUUGGAACAGCAGCUCUUUAGCAUAGAGCCAGAGCCAGAGCAGAACCGACUAGCUAGUUCCAUUCAGGAGGAUGAUUAUGAAGAUGAUGAUGAAAUGCAGGAACAAAAUGAAAGUGAAAAUGUUUCACACUCCAACAGUAUUGGAUUAUUCUGAACCAUUUGGAAAAUCCCCUGUAAGGGAAGAAAAUGAAAUCAAAUUGGAAAGGAAGGCUUCCUGGGCUAAAUGCGUGCUGUCUCGGAGAGCCCUACUUCUACGGCUGUAGAGGGAAACCAAAAUUCUUUGAAGGAUUUAUUCCCGCUUCACUGUUCAAAACAGUAGGCAGGUACCAGGCAGCUGCAGUGCAAACUUGCCCCACCACUGUGCCUCAACUCUGUUGAAGAGACUGUUCUCUCUCCAUGCUCUCAGUGCUCGGAGUGCCAGAUGAAGAGGAAGUCAUUUAUGGUGCACCUUUACUAAGUGCUCUAUCUGCUAAUAAAUUCUUUUUAACUCCUUU